AUGGCCCUCCCGGACGGACAUAGAAAGAGGGUCUUCUUCCGGAAGCAUCACUGGGGCAAGGGAAUAACCGGCGGAGCACCAUCUGCAGCAGAAGCAUGCAAUAGGAUAGCUACACCACAGGGAAUUGGGUGCUCCGUAGGGUGUGUCAUUAGUGUGGUGGGGGUGGUGCCACAGGGUGCGAAUGUUAUGGCCAUGGGUAAGGAUUACUGUUGUGACUGUGCACCGUUCGGUGGAUCUCCAGAAAACUGGUUAUUCCGUACUUCUGGUACUGAUGAAGAACCGUCGAAGCAAAAACGAAGCAAGCCAGAAGGGUCAAUGGAGAAACAAACGCCUGGCGAAACAGCGAGGAAAGGGGAAAAGGGAACGAGAGGGAGGGAAACUGAAGCCGGAUUCGAAACUCCACCGGACAAUUCAGCAGCCGCAGAUCACUGGACCGCCCAACCAGGAAUAGUGGAAUGGCUUCGAUCGGAUGAUGUUAUUUCCCGAUCCACGAUGGGGGAUCUGGCAUCCCAACAAUCCGCAUCGCAAUUGCUUCCGAGUACAAUCGAGGGAUCAAUAAUUCCGAGGGGGGCCCAGAUCAUGGGCGGUGGGCAGAAAGAAGCCGGACUCGUCGCAUCCACCGAUAAGCAAGCUGCCCAGCAUUGCAGCUCGCAUACAGUGUUGUGUUCUGACGGGCUCCCCGCUCGGGUCUAUACAGACCCCAACCCCAAUCAGCCAGCACCAAUGCCUUCUUCCUCUGGCACAAACACCCUCCACGUCAACCACCCUCCGCGUCUCCCAAUCUAUCUAUUGCCAUCGCAACUGCCUUACCCAUCAUCUCAGAUACUCAGCCAGAUACCCGAGAUCCACAGCGAAUCUGUCAGGUUCAGGUCGAGAUCGCCGAUUAUGGCGCUGAUCCGACCUAGGGAUGAUGAUGGUCACACAAUUGCAGAUGCCAGGUCCGACAGAAUGACAUUCUCUCUAUGCGAGUUCAACAAUUUUGCCAUCAUGAGGGCUUUUCUCUGGUCCCCGGCAACCCAUUUGCUGACCACCAGCCAAACCCUAGUCGCUACUUUCGAUGAAUUGCCGUCUAAAUCAUACGCGUACUUUGUGCUUGAGCGCUUACCAGGUCAGCCUGCGCUGUCAAAAUUCUGGCUGCCAAUCACCGAGUCAAAUGCCGGGCAUAGGAUCACUGAUAGCGUGAGAGCUAUCAGAAUCAGCUACACUCGCCUUGGUCUGCAAGAUGCUUGGGUAACCACCGCUGGCAGUGACAUUGACACUGGGACCUAUGUUAAAACAAUGCAGAGGUUCAGAACUGACACGACCCCCAAAUUCGUCCAAUCAAUUAUUGACUUGGCUAUUCUAUUGACCUCGACCUCCGCCAUCUAUCGUCAAUUGAUUCAGGCGAUGACUGUUGUUCGUCACAGCCUAGCAGCAGGCAUCUGGCCUCGCUUGGGCUUCAUCAAGUCUAAAAAUAAACAAUCUUGCUUUUGGGUAUCCUCAAGCCGUAAACGUCCGCUGGAGAAUGCUAGGCCAUCCACACCUGUCAUAUUGACGGGGACUUGA